AUGGACAGAGGAGUCCCCCACGGCGCGCCUUCAUCUUCGCCGGCCCCGGGAUCGAUGCUUCCGGUCAUCGCGAAUCCAAUUUAUGUGCCAUACGUACUCGCAACUCAAAACCCCCUUGGUCUUCAACAUCCUUCAGGUCCGUACCAGGCUUUCGGUGCCCUUUCGAAUCCUCCCUUCGGAACUUCCAGUGUUUGGAGCGGUCUCCCAGUCUUGCCAAUGACCGGAAGCUGGCUCCGACCUUUGCCUCAGGGGUUCGAGCCUCCGUUCCCAGCCCUCCGAAAUGAUUCAAACUCACCUCACCCGUUUGAAAGGGCGCAGUCCACUGAGAGUAACCCGGCUCAUGGCCUGUUCAGCGAUGCGGAGGACAUCCCGUCUGAAGUUUCCAGUACGGAUGCAGACGGAGAACGAAACGAGAGCGCGAGGGAGUCUCCAUACGCUGAUAAGGAGAAAUCUGUUUCCCGCACAACAGUCGCGGCGGCGUCUCCCGAUCACGGACGAAAGCGCCAAACUCACCUGGAGGCCAAGGUGAAUCCCAAGAGAGUCUGCACCGUUUCGAGUCGCGAGCGUUCGGUCAGGGAGCUAUCAGCUCCCUGGAAUAACCAGAUGGGCCAAGGCACUGACCCAUCGCUUGAUCCCGAGGUAUGGCACCUCUCUCACAACCACCGGGCCAAUGACCGAGAGUCGGUAGAGAAAGAACAAGCAUUCUCUAGCGACCCCAGCCGAUCCCGGUCUCGGUAUUUCAGAUGUGCUGUAUGUGAUGUCCCACGCCCGAUUCGAUUCUGGGACUCAGGCAUCUGUGCCUAUUGCAUCGAAUUCCCUGCACAGUAUUGCGUUCAGGGAGACCAUGAAGCCGAUCAAAGCUGCUUCAUCGACGCAAAAGGUAAUUUGCACGAGGUGUGCAAUAAAUGCCGCGGCCAACCGUUCUCCAUGUGA